GGUGUGAUCAGAGGCAGUAUUUAAAGAGCAAGGACAGAUUUUCUUCCCAUCACUCUCUCUGUCAUCAUGGAGCUGAAAGUUGCAUUUGUGGUUGUCUGUCUGUUUGCUUUGGCCAUCACCUUUACGGAAGCCGGCAUCCCAAAAUGCUGCAUCACAACAAAGAGGGACAUCCCUGUCCGCGUGCUGCAGAAGGUCCAGAGGUGGACCAUGCAGCAAAGCAGCGGCGCCUGUGACAUCUCUGCACUGUUGCUGUACGUAAGGGACAUGAGGAAGCCCAUAUGUGCUCAUCCCAAAGUGAAGAGAAUCCUGAUUUCGCUGCGGUCGAGGGUGAAACGAAACAAGCAGAAAGCAGUUUACUGAGACAGUUGGUGUUUCAAGAGCUUGUGUCAUACAGGAACCCCUUAUGGUUGUGUUUCUUUAAUGGUUGUGAUCAUUCAGAGGUACUUGGACCUUCCAUUUUAUGCUACUUCUACUUCUACCUCUACUUCCACUGCUGUUACUUUACAGAUUAAGAUUAAACGCACAAAACAUGUGAUCAGUUUAUAAAAUAUGGUGCAUUGUUAUAGAUUAAACCACCUAACAGUGUGUUGUAUGUAAAGCUCCACUUCAACUGUCUGCAACAUUUAAGUGCCGUUUACACGUCAUUGCAUCGAUUAUGAUAAUUAGCCAGGAUUAACAGGGGCCAUUCUGCAUUAUGACUUUUACUUUAAUACUUUCUGUGUAUUUUGUUGCUAAUACGUCUGUACUUUACUACAAGUAAAACUUUUGUGGUCAGAAUUUUACAGAGUAUUUUUAUACUGUGUUAAAUAAUGUGAAUACUACUUCCACCACUGCAUAUCUACAGUCAUUGUAAAAGAAAAAAGAAAUCUCUGUAAAAUG